UGUGACGUGAACAUGACGUGUUAUUUUGUAACGAUUUCAAUUUACCAAUAAAUUAUUUGGAAUACCUGGUUUUAACUAUGUGCGUAUUUUAUAUAGCUUUUAGCAUUUUUACGCUAGGACAUGUACUCUGCGAGUCUAACAUCAGUUCCACAGAAAAUCUGCUCGACUACUGUUCUCACCCAGAUUGUUCGUUGAAAAACCAGCAUACAAUGUGCAUAGCAGCCCACAAACAAAGUCCGAGGCUGUACGCGUCCGGCAUGACCACCUGGAUGAGGUACCAGAUACUACUGCUGCAUAACCGCCAUAGAGACAACAUCGCUAUGGGUCUAGAAGCCGGUCAGCCUCCGGCGACAAACAUGCGCAAGAUGUACUGGGAUUACGAACUGGAGGAGAUGGCGGAAGUAUGGGCGAGGCAGUGUCAGAAGCGCCACGAUGAGUGCAGAAAUACGAUCAGGUUUAAUGUACUGCAGAAUAUGGACGUGCGCCCUGUCGUGCCCAGGGUGACGGAGGCGCAGCUGCUGGCGGACGCGGUGGGCGCCUGGUUCUCGGGCUCCAGGGUGCUGCCGGCGGAGCACGUCUGGUCUUUCAGGCUCAGCAACUGCAGCGCGCCGGGCGGCUGCAACGCUCACUGGUAUUCUGCCGCCGCGUGGGCGUCCACUUGGCGACUGGGCUGCUCCCAAGCGCUGUGCACGGUCAGAAAACGUUCCUGUGUCCACUUCAGAAAACGGCGAAGAAUAUUGCAAAACGCCACAAUGGAACCGUUUGAGAAUAUGACACGAACGACCGAGAAUAUAUUGCGUCGAACCAGAUAUAUGACGACAGCCACUUUCCCGCGCUUCGAGGAUUUCGCCACGACCGAAACUCGGAAAUCGAAAGAGUCGCCGUUGCACCGUGGUAUUUUGGAGAGUGUUAGAAAGGAGAAAUCACGGAAGGAGCCAAAGAUAAUAGCGUUUACAAUAUGCAAUUAUGGACCAGCCGGGAAUAUCGAUGGCUUCCCGAUCUACGAGGCCGGGACGACGUGCAGCAACUGUCCGCAGGGCACGCGCUGCGGGGACCGCACGCAUCGAGCCUUGUGUUCGGUCGUGGGAGAUCCUGAUAUCCGAACGUGAGAAUGUUUUAGUCUUGUAUUAGUUUCAUUUUCUUAAUUUUAAUAUUAUAUCUCAUUUUACGUUUUCAAAUA